AUGGCUGCGUCCCUCGAGUCAACCCCCGCCAUUACCAUUUUCCGGGGCUUUCCCGAAAAAGGCUGUUACACCUGGUCGCCAUUUGUCACCAAGCUCGAGGCCCGCUUGCGCUUUGGCAAUAUCAACUAUAAUGUCGAGGCAGGCUCACCCCUAAAAUCUCCUAGGGGUAAGGUGCCCUACAUCACACUCGAGCGCGAUAGCCAGUCUCAAUCUAUCUCUGACUCCACCCUGAUCGCGAAGUCAUUCAUUGAGUCUGGAGACCUGGAGGAUCUCAAUCGCAGACUCUCCCCCGUGGAAAAAGCCCAGGACCUUUCCCUCAAGGCCCUGCUCGAGGAUAAGCUCUAUUUCUACCAGGGUCACGAGCGGUGGGUCGUAAACUACUACGCCAUGCGCUCCAAGAUCCUGGCCAGCGUCCCCUGGCCUAUACAGGUCAUUCUCGGCUAUAUAAUCUAUAACAAGAACGUCCGCAACCUACAGGGUCAAGGAACGGGCGGCUUUUCCGCCGAAGAAAUCGCCACAUUUCGGCAAGAAAUCUGGGAAUCUGUCAACGGGCUUAUAUCGGCUGCGCGUGCCCAUCAUCAUCGGGAGGGGCCGUUCUGGGUGUGGGGCGGCGAUGCCCCCACCGAGGCCGAUACAGUGCUCUUUGGCUUUGUGGUGUCGGGCCUUGUCUGUGGAGCGGCUCCGGAAACCAAGCAGAUUGUGAACAGUUACCCGGCGCUGGUAGAGUAUGCUCGGAGGAUCCAUGACAAUUAUUUCCCGGAUUAUCAGCUUUGGGAGUAA